AUGUCAACUCAAUCAGGUAUUACUGCAGAUAAGGCACUAUUAGAUAAAUUAGCUACCGAUGCUAGUGAAGGCGUAAUUAUCAUUGUUGGUAAGAUCUCCGAUGAUUUGUCUAUUGUAGAAUUUAAGGGUACACAUUCCAGUAUUGAUGAGUUAAAAGCUAAUCUGACUGAAGAACCAAGUUAUAUUUUCAUUAAAGAUUCCAAUUGCUCAAAACCAGAUCAGUAUCAAUUCAUUUCGUAUGUUCCGGAUGAAUCUCAUGUUAGACUGAAGAUGAUAUAUGCGUCUACGAAAAAUACUAUUGUUAGACAGAUUGGCACUAAUUCAAUUGACAAACAGCUAUUGUUCACAGAACCAUCAGAAUUUACUGAUGAUCUGUUUAAUGAGGAAUUGGAAUCUACUUUAAAGAAUUUAGUAUUAUCUGAAAGUGAAAAAUCAAGAAUAAUGAUUAAUGAGCAACAAAGAGAAAUGAGAAUGAUGCAAAGUCAAAAAUUGGUAUCUCAGAACAAUGGUACGGCUUCUUCAUUGACUUUUAAUGUAAAUAUUGAAAAUAACCAAUCCAUCAAAGAUUUGUUAUCAAAAGAUAAUGUUAUUUCUUUCAAAAUUGAUACAAUCAAUGAGAAUGUUGAAAUUCUAAAUACUUUGUCAAUUGAAAAACCAGAAGAGUUGGUGUUAACAGUUGAUCAUCCAAGUUACACUUUAUACAAGAAUGGAGACUUGAUAUAUUUCAUUUAUUGUUGCCCAUCAGGUAGUAAAGUUAAAGAUCGUAUGUUGUACGCAUCAAAUAGAUUGGGUUUUAUUAACUACUUAAAUAGUACUGAAAAAAUUGAGCUAGUAAAGACUAUCGAAAUUGGAGAGCCUGAAGAACUAGAAAUUUCAUUGAUAUCAAAUUCCUCUUUUGAACAGAAAGAAGCAAGAGAGGAAGAAGAGAAAAAAGCUUCUCAAAAUUCUUCAACAAAAUUCAGUAGACCAAAGGGUCCGUCGAGAAAGAAAAGAAUGUAG